CGAUGUGAAUGGUGGGGAGCUGCGGGUGGGCACUGUUUGGGAAAAUGUCCCGGCAAAAAUACUCCGCGGGCACCCUCAGCGGCAGGGCGAGGGGAGGAGGAUGCACCGCUCGCAGCGACAUCGCCGAAUCGCUCGACGAUAAAAUUUGAUUCUGCGCGUGCGUGUACUCGCAAGCUUGCAUCUUCCCGGCCGCGCCGCAGGGGCUGCGAGUCCCCGCCGGGAGCCGUCGGAGCCGCCGUCUGCGUCCGGGUGUCUCUCCGUGGCGCCGCGGAGGAGCUCGCCAUGGCUGCAGCGCUCCCGCGCGCCGAGCUGUGCGCCUACGCGGGCGUGCUGGGGGCCGCGCUGCUGUGGGCGGCCAGCUGGGUCGCUGCCGUCUCCGAGGAACACGGGGGACACUUCAAGGAAGGUCUGCAGGAUGGAUGGUCCUACUUCGGAAGGAAGAGGGACAUCGCGGACUUUGAGUGGCUCAUGUGGUUCUCCAAGUGGCGGAACUGCAUUCUGCUCGCCUUGUCGGGACACGUGCUCUUCGGGAAGUUCGCGUCACUCCUCUUCCCCGAGCGCCGCUCGCUGGUGUACAUGGCCUACGGCGUGCUGGUGGUCACCGCCACCAUGGGCCUGCAGUACGUGCUGCUCGUGGCGUCGCACUGCCUGCUGCUCUACUCCGUGGGACUCGCCAAGCAGCGCUGGCUCUGCUUCCUCGCCGGACUCGCAUCGCUCGCCACCUUCAGGGUCGAACCGUUCAACAGCUGGCAGAACGGCUUCGUGUCGGGCGACUUCCAGCUGCAGGACGUCCUCUUUGCGGGCGGCUCGGCCUUCACCAUUGUGCGCUGCCUGAGCUUCGCGCUCGACAACUGUGAUUACAAGGGCGGCAGCUACUCCUUCCUGGACCUGCUCAAGUACAACUUCUACCUGCCCUUCUUCUUCUUCGGGCCCGUCAUGGUCUACGACAAGUUCCACGAGCAGGUGAACGACUCUUCGCUGGCGCGCAAGGAGCACGAGCUGUGGGGGAUCAACGUGGGCGUGUGCGGACACCUCCUGGUCGUGCUGCUCGUGGACAUCCUCUUCCACUUCCUCUACAUCGUCACCAUCCCUGCCGACCUCUCCCUGCUGGAGGACACCUCCGACUGGGGCCUCGCGUUCCUGGCGUACGCAAACCUGGUGUACGACUGGGUGAAGGCUGCUAUGCUGUUCGGCGUGGUGUGCAGCGUCGCCCGCCUGGACCACUUCGACCCCCCCAAGCGUCCCAAGUGUAUCACCAUGCUCUACGUCUUCGCCGACACGCAUUUUGACAGAGGAAUCAACGACUUUCUUUGCAAAUACAUCUACGACCGCUAUGGAGUCAACCACGACAACAUCCUGAGGGAGCUGCUUGGCACGGUGGCGACGUUUGCCUUUGCCACGCUGUGGCUGGGCCCGUGCGACGUCGUCUACCUGUGGUCCUUCCUCAACUGCCUGGGCCUCAACCUGGAGCUGUGGGUGCAGAAGCUGUUUGCGCUGCCUGCCCUCACCCAACUCGAGGGCAAGCGGCUCACGCUGGAGUGGUCUCGCCGUGUGCGUGCCAUUUUUGGGGCGGCCAACUACUGGACCAUCAUCCUGUACAACGUGCUGGCUCUCAACAGCACCGAAUUUGCUGAACUCGUCUCCUGCCGCAUUCUGCUCUACGGUUUUCCCUUCACCACCAUCAUGGUGUGGUUCAUCACAUACUGUGGGGUACAGCUUGUCAUGGAGAAGGGCCGUCUGGACGCUGUGAAGGAGAAGACUGAGUGAGGUGCCCCCAUGUUUGGAGGACGCCGUGCCAUUAUACGGGGUUCGUCAGGAAAGACUGACGUUCAGCUUGUAAAUCCCAACUUAUGUUGCCGACACUAUACUGUCAUUAAACCACGCGUAGCAUUUUAUUUUAGUUACUCCACAAUUGUAUCAACAAAAUAUUCCUUAAAAAAUGCAAUGUCAUGCCCCAUGUCAAGUACAAUUUUAAUCUAUUACCAAACUGUAUGGUUAAACUCAUUAUUUAAAGAGGAAAAUGUAACAAUAUUUAAUCAAUUAAAUUAUACCUUGCGAGUUGAGUUGUGGAUUAUCGCCAACUGUGGUUACUUUGUCCAUGUUUAUGAACAUUAAUAACACUCAGCAAUGCACUGUGAAGCAUCUGCGUGGCCAUUACCUGCCGAACGUACCUGUGCCACUGUGUAAUUAAACAUUUGUAACUGUG